AUGGCGCCUAAGAAGAAGGCAGGCAGGCGUCAAGAAGAGGACUGGGAAGCCGAGUUGGGCGAGACUGCUUCCCCCACCGAGGCUCCUGCGGAAGAGCCUACUCAAAACGGCGGGGGCGAGGAUGGUGCCGAAAACGAAGCCGGUGGCGGGGGUGGUCUGAUGGCUGCCCUGCGAAAGAACAAGGCUCGUAAAGCUAAGAAGGGGAAGCCCGUCAAUGACUUUGUUGAGGGUGAGGAUGCCGGCGCCGAUCUCGCCAGCAAGCAGCCCGAGGAGGGCACUUUUGACGUAGACGAUGUCUUCGCUGGCAAGCCCAAGAAGCCAAUCAUGGAAACGGGGUCCACGCCGGCUCCUGCUGACGAUGAGGGCGAGUUCCGCGUGAAGACCAAGAAGGAAAAGGAGAAGGAGAAGAAGGAGCGCGAGAAGCAGCGAAAGAAGGAACAGGCUGCUGCGAAGAAGAAGACUGCCCCUGCCGCUGAAAAGCCCGAGCCCACGAAAGCCGCCCCGGUUGAGAAGAAGGUUGAAGCCGAGCCCGCAGCAGCGGCUAAGCCGGCCGGUAAGGGCAAGAAGCUCCCACCUCAUCUCGCAGCUUUGCAAAAACAGCAAGAGCUCUUGCGCAAGCAACGCGAGGAGGAAGAACGCAUUGCAGCCGAAGAAAAGGCAUUGUUGGAAGAACAAGCCCGUCGCGAUGCUGAAGAGGAGGCUAAGCGUGAAGAGGCUCGUCAAAAGAAGAAGGAGAGAGAGCGUGAGAAGAAGGAACAGCUGCGUCGCGAGGGUAAACUCCUGACGAAGGCUCAGAAGGAGGCCCAGGCUAAGAUCGAGCUCCGAAAGAAGCACCUGCUCGCUUCCGGUGUCUCUGUGGCUGGUCUGGAAGGCGGUGCAGAGAGAAAACGCCCCGUCUAUGAGAACCGUAAGAAGAAGGGUGGCAAGAAGCAAGAGGAUGACCUGGAAGCCGCUGCUGAGCGGGCUCGUUUGCAGCGCGAGGCCGAAGACGAGCGACGGAAGAAGGAGGCCGAGGAGAAGGCCAAGGCCGAGGCUGAGGCUAAAGCCAAAACAGCCCCUGUAGAGGAAGACGAUGCCAUUGAGGACUGGGAGCAAGCCGCAGAAGCCGAGGACGACGUGAAGGACAGCUGGGAUGCCCCCUCUGACGAGGAAGAGCAGGCGAAGCCCGCCGAGACCAACGGUGCCGACAAGGCUGCCAACGGAAAAUCAUCUGAGCAAGAUGACUCCGACUCCGGUGAGGAUUCUGACGAGGACAGCUCAGACGAAGAUUCCGAAGAUGAGGAGCAGUCUGCCACCCAGAGAGCCAUUGCACAACGUAAGGCUGAGGCGGCAGAGCGGAGGAAGAAGCAACACGAGGAAGCCAUGGCUGCUCGAUCCAAGGAUGAUCUUCGCUCCCCUAUCUGCUGUAUUCUUGGUCACGUCGAUACCGGAAAGACCAAGCUUCUCGACAAGAUUCGACAGACCAACGUGCAGGAAGGCGAAGCUGGUGGUAUUACCCAGCAGAUUGGUGCUACCUACUUCCCAGUCGAUGCCCUGAAGCAGAAGACUGCUGUUGUAAACAAGGACGGUGCAUUCGAGUUCAAGGUUCCUGGCUUGUUGAUUAUUGAUACACCUGGGCACGAGUCAUUCUCCAACCUACGUUCGCGAGGUUCCUCGCUUUGCAACAUCGCCAUUCUGGUCGUCGAUAUCAUGCACGGUCUCGAGCCUCAGACUCUGGAAUCCAUGCGCCUGCUGCGUGACCGCCGCACUCCUUUCAUCGUCGCACUGAACAAGAUCGAUCGUCUCUAUGGCUGGAAGAAGAUUGACAACAAUGGUUUCCAGGAGAGUUUGAGCAUGCAGAGCAAGGGCGUCCAGAAUGAGUUCCGCACUCGUUUGGAAGCUACUAAGCUUGCAUUCGCCGAGCAAGGCUUCAACUCUGAGUUGUUCUACGAGAACAAGUCCAUGGCCCGCAAUGUCUCGCUUGUGCCCACCUCUGCCCAUACUGGCGAGGGUGUGCCUGACAUGCUGAUGCUUCUGACCAGGCUGAGCCAAGAGCGUAUGACCAACUCUCUCAUGUACCUGUCUGAAGUCGAAUGUACCGUUCUUGAGGUCAAGGUGAUCGAGGGUCUCGGAACCACCAUUGAUGUGAUUCUGUCAAACGGUAUCCUCCGUGAAGGCGACCGCGUCGUUCUGUGCGGUCUGAAUGGGCCGAUCACAACUAACAUCCGUGCCCUGCUGACACCUGCACCCCUCAAGGAGCUGCGUCUCAAGUCGCAGUACGUUCACAACAAGGAGGUCAAGGCUGCGCUCGGUGUGAAGAUUGCCGCCAAUGAUUUGGAACACGCUAUUGCUGGUUCUCGCCUUCUCGUCGUUGGUCCUGAUGACGAUGAGGAGGAUCUCGAGGAUGAAGUCAUGACCGAUCUAGAGAACCUGCUUAGCCGUGUAUCCACCGACAACCGUGGUGUCACCGUCCAGGCUUCCACCCUUGGUUCUCUUGAGGCUCUGUUGGAGUUCCUCAAGCAGUCUAAGAUCCCCGUGGCGAACAUCUCCAUUGGUCCCGUCUACAAGCGGGAUGUGAUGAUGGCGGGAACCAUGCUUGAGAAGGCCAAGGAGUAUGCCGUUAUGCUUUGUUUCGAUGUCAAGGUUGACAAGGAAGCCGCCGCUUACGCUGCCGAGGUCGGCGUGAAGAUCUUCACCGCCGACAUCAUUUACCAUCUCUUUGACGACUUCACCAAGCACAUGGCCGCGCUGACUGAACAGCGUAAGGAGGAGGCCAAGCUGCUGGCCAUUUUCCCUUGCGUCAUCAGCCCUGUCGCUGUCUUCAACAAGAAGGAUCCCAUUGUCAUUGGCAUCGAUGUCAUCGAGGGUAGCUUGCGCAUGCACACCCCAUUGGCCGCAGUGCGCACCAACGCUGCUGGUCAGAAGGAGAUCGUUGAUAUUGGCCGAGUAACAUCUAUUGAACGUGAUCACAAGCCCAUUGCUGUUUGUAAGAAGGGCCAACCAUCUGUGGCCAUCAAGGUCGAGGGCCCCAAUCAGCCCAUGUAUGGCCGUCAACUGGAAGAGAGUGACCAGCUCUACUCGCACAUUUCUCGUGCAAGCAUCGACACCCUGAAGGAGUUCUACCGCUCAGAAGUCACCAUGGAAGAAUGGGCCUUGGUGAAGAAGCUCAAACCCGUCUUUGAUAUUCCUUGA